AUGAAAAGUAACCUGGAAAUCUUGUUGAUGAUAUCAGUGCUUGGGGUGAUGAAUAUAGAUAACACUUUUUCAGUCAAAUGUUAUCAGUGUAAUUUAUGUCCAGUUCCAAUGGAUUACUCAUCACCUUUAGUGACAGUUGAUAGUUCUUGUAAGUGGUGCGCAUCACUUACAAUUGGUAGUCCAUAUUUAACAAUGAAAGGAUGUUCAGAUACCUGUAGUUCAAAUAGUUCAUUAAAAAAAUAUGUUGAUUUCAAUUAUACUUGCUGCAUUAAAAUUGUCAAGAUUAAUGAUGAUGAUUAUUUCAAAUUAUCUUUUGUCAAUGUUACAAUUUAUCAUUUAUUCAGAGUUCUGUUACUAUUGUUAUUCAGAGAAAUAGGAGAGAAAUAUUCGUUCCCUGAAAAAUAUAAUAAGUGUACAGCAGUAACAAAGAAAGUUAAUCCAUAG